AUGUUCUUUCGACGAAGUGCAUUUUCUAAGAAACCUGGUACCCUCAAGAACAUAAAGCAACAAAGAAAUGCCCCAGAUCAUGCAUCCCGCGGCAUGUUUACUUUGCGGUGGAAUGGUGCUACUCAGAACACAGACUCUAUCGGGACGUGGAAAUGUUUAUGUAAUGUGCCGUGUUUAUGUGAUAUUGGAUUACUUAAGGAUGAAAUAGUGGAUCGUAGAUCAAGAUUACAAUGUCACCGGAUGUUGGAGGCUGUGUUAAUAAGGCCUUCGAGGGGGUCGACGAUGGUUUUCACACCAUUGACCUUCGCACUAGGAGAGAUGAUGGUGACAGGGUAUGUUUCAUCAUUCAAUACUAUCUUUACUAAA